AUGUUCAUUGUUUGUGGUAUAAAUGAAAUAAUCAUCGUAGCGGUGUUCGCGUUCAGCUCAGCUGCACAGCUUCCAUCCAGGAACUACAUUCCACCAAGCCAAGGGGGGCAAGAGAGUGCAGUACACCCAGAACACGGGACUGGGAUCCACGGGGAUACAGGGAAUAGAAGACCACAACAAGAUGCCGAGAAGAACUCUGCAAUUUUGAAACAAGAGCAGGAAAUUACUGAGAAUGGGGAUUACCACUUCGGCUAUGAAACCUCAAGCGGCAUCCGAGCUGAAGAGUCAGGUUCCCCCAGCCAAUCCCAGGGUGGCUUCUCAUACAAAGGAGAUGAUGGGAACACAUACACUGUGAUCUACAGCUCAGGAGAAGGUGGUUUCAGGCCGCAGGGAGAGCACCUUCCUGUUCCACCACCGACUCCGCAAGAGAUCUUGUUGGCUUUGCAACAGAACGAAAAAGAUGAAGCCGCUGGGAUCUUUGAUGACGGUAAAGAUGCUAGUUCAUUGUCGCUUCCAUAG